AUGAUAAUUUUCUUUGAAAUUUGGCACUGGUCAUGGGCUCUUCUGGGUUGCUAUUUGAACUUACUUCUUACCUACUUGGCAAUAUUCAGAUCCCCAAAGGCAAUUAAAUCAUAUGCAACAUUGAUUAUAAACUUUGCCGCAACUGAUUUUGUAGAGUGCGCGUUAGAUCUUUUCAUACAAACAAGAUUGGUGGCUGUGCCUGGUGAAGCUAAACUCGUGUAUAUUUUCAAUGGACCUUGCAAAUACACUGGUUCCUUAUCAUGCAAAGUAGGAUUAAGCUUCUUACUUCACUGCCUUACACACUCUGUUUGGUCUUUGCUGAUAUCUUUCGGAUACCGAUUUUAUAUUUUGCACAAUCCAGCACUAUCGCGCUUAACUUUACUGAAGAUUACCAUAAUGUUCUACAUACCGUCCUUGGUUCAAGCACUUACCUAUUGGACAUUAUUUGUUCCUCGAGAAAAAAUUCUCCCGCUCGCUAAACAAUGGUUUCCCUACUAUGAUCUUGAAACUGAAACUGGGGUUCUCACGGGUGUAAUAGACCUCACAAAUUUCGUUGCAGUCUAUGCAGUUGCACAUAUUUGCCUGCCGUUUUUCCCAGUUUACAUAACAAUUUUUGUCUUACGCCAGAAAAUUAUGAAAUACCUGGGCGGUCAAUCUCAAAUGAUGUCUCAAGACACAAAAGCUGCUCAUACUCAAUUACUCAGAGCACUUACUACACAAGCAAUUAUUCCAAUGUUCUUAGGGAUUGCUGUUCUUCUUUAUUUUUCUUCACAAUCAGGACUACUCAAAUCACCAAUUCUUGAGUAUUCGAUAUUUUCAGUUGCUAUUCUAAUGCCUGCAUUAUCUCCCAUCACUUAUUUAUAUUUUGUUCGACCGUAUCGUCAAAAAGUCAAGAGGAUUAUCAGACAUCCAUUCAAACUUUUAUCAAGACCACACGAGCGUGCAACAUCGAACAGUGGUGUAUUCUAUUCAGGGGAUCAUCCCACACAUUUUUCCAAGCCCGUGAUAGCCGUUCACUAA